GACCAGUGCCAGGGGUUGACGGAGAAAGUGACUGGUAACCUGAGCCUAUCUGAGACGGACGGGAUCCCCCUGGCGGGCACCAGUCGCUGGAGCGAGCUCUCCGACCAGGAGCGCCUCAACCAGAACUUCCGAGCCUACAAGAUCUUCAGCACUUACCUGCGGCUGUACCUGAACAACGUUCCAGAAUGUGGGCAGUACCCGCGCCUGCCGGACGCCAUCAUGGAGCUCUACACGCAGACGGAGAGUUUUGUGGUGCUGAUCAGUCAGCUGACGAUGGCCAUGGGGCUGCCCGUGCCCUCAGUCAGGGUGCCCAACGUUGACACCCCCAAGGACUGGGAUAGGAAGGUCUGGGGCCAUCAUCUCUUGGUGGAACUCAGUAACUGGUCGCUGCGUUCUGUGCGUGACUUCAGCAAACUGAAGACCAACCUCUCGUCCAACCGAGCACGCCGGAACCAGCUGAGGGGGGCGCAGCUGAGGUAAGACGCCUCGCUGCCAAGGCCAUGCCCGCCCCCCCCCCAACCCAUCCACCCACACCGCCAACCCAACCCACCCACACCGCCAACCCAACCCAACCCAAUCCUUUCUGAAGAAGGGCUUAUGCCCGAAACGUCGAUUCUCCUGCUCCUUGGACGCUGCCUGACCUGCUGCGCUUUUCCAGCAACACAUUUUCAGCUCUGAUCUCCAGCAUCUGCAGCCCUCAGUUUCUCCUCCAACCCAAUCCCACCCAACCCGAUCCCAUCCAACCCAAAU